UUGGACUUUAUUUUGCGUGGGGCUUAUUAAAAUAAUUAGCAUGAAUCUUUCCAGUCACCUUUGGCUCACUCCCUGGAGGGUUGGUUUGACUGUUGUUGUAAAGUUGCUUUGGAAAAAGUUGCUCAUCAUCAUUCCAUCUGCAUUCAUCUAUCUAUCAGAGUGAAGGAGUUUCUAAAGGAUGCACACAAGGAAGUGAUCCGUUCAAAUAACUAUCUUCAUGUCGCAUGUGUUGAGAAACUUUUAGAGAAAAUACAUCAGGUUUCAGUACAGGUCCACCCACAGUUCUGGGGCACUGAUGAGAUCGUGAGAGCUGGAGAUCAUCAUCACUGUGUUCAGCUGCUGAAGAGAGAAUCUCUCUCAGGAGUUUCCGUCGGUCACAAUGAGGUUUCUGAUCUUUCUGUGUGUGUCUCUUCUGCUGCUGAUUAAUGGCAAAAUUAUCAAUGGACAAACUACAGUACCUUUCACCACCCCAAGUGUGGACCCCUGCUAUAACUACACCAGUCUGGAUGAGCCUUGGAGAGCCACUGACUAUUCUAAUAAUAUCUCUUACUACAAUAUCAUGUGUGAUUAUAAUGUGGAGUGGAAUGGCUGGUACAGGAUGUUCUACAAUGGUCAAAAUGCCCGGAUGCCAGAAUCAUGUGUUAAUUAUGGCAUGUGUGGCACUGUUUACCCACUGUCACUCAACGGCCCUCACCCACAGCUGGAAGAUGGAGUGGUCCUCCGUCAGGUCUGUACUUCUUUAUGGGGUGGCUGCUGUGAUUUAUCAUCCCACCCUAUAAGAGUCAAAGCCUGUCCUGGAAAUUACUAUGUUUAUGAGUUUGUCAAGCCAAUGUUUUGUGGAGCUUACUGUGUAGCAGAAGCCUCAAUCCAGUCCAUCCCAUCAGUGUCUACAACAACAGAGAGGAUUUCACCCACAGAACCCAUUACUCCACCAAUCACAACCACUGGACCAGCAGUAUUUUAUCCAUUCGGCUCAGCAGCUGGAGACACAAUAAAUGCUGCUGCUGAUGAUGGAAACUCCUCAGUUAUUCAGCUGUUGAGUCCAUUUCUGUUCUUUGGCCGCACAUACCAGCAGAUUUAUGUUAAUAAUAAUGGACACCUCACAUUCAACCAGUCUUCAUCAGCAUUUGUCCCCUACUCAUUCCCCGCUAGAGGAAGCCAAGAUAUAAUUGCAGGUCUCUGGACUAAUCUUGACAACCGUCAGAGAGGUGUAGUUUCAUAUCAACAGUUCACCAGUGGAAAUGUUCUUACACGGGCCAAUCGGGAUAUAAACACACAUUUCCCAAAUCUGACCUUCACCGCCUCUUUGGUCUUUGUUGCAACAUGGGAUAAAGUCGCUUACUUCAACUUAACCAACACAGAAACAUCGUUUCAAGUGGUAUUAAUUUCAGGUGAUAAUGUUUCAUUUAUUCUGAUGAAUUAUGGUGACAUUGCUGUAACAGGACAUCCAGUGCAGGCUGGUUAUGACACGAUAAACUCCACACACUACUUUGUGAUUCCUGGAUCGAUCAAUGGCAGCUUCAUCUCAAACCUCAGGAACUCCAGUAAUGUUGAUGUUCCCGGUCGAUGGAUCUUCAGGGUGGACGGUGGACCAGGAAACAGCAUCGUGAAAAACAAUGUCGUUGGAUUACGAGUGAGACUUUCCUCAUUUUUAGACCUGACACAGAUCAGCAAUGAAAUAGUUUUACAGCAAAUCAAGCAGGAGCUGGUCAAGUACGGUCUGCCAAACAACAUCGAACUGAAGUUAAGAAAACUGCAAAAGACAAAGCCGUAAUUUCCUUCUCCUUCAGAAAAAAAGUAAAACCAGCUCGUUUAGCAUCUGACAACUAAUAUCCCUGAUGACUGAUGAAGUAAAAGCUUCAGUUUUUCAUUAAGGUGGUUUACAAAGGAUUCAGACCGGGAUAAAAGUAUGAUAAAAGAGGUCCAUUAGAUCCUUUUUUUUUUCUCUUUUCUUUCCAUAUCAAUCAUGUUUUGUGUAUCAGUUUAAACUUUACUGAAAGUAAAAAUCUUUGUCUCAUUCACCUUCAUUAGAACAUCACUUAUAAGGAUUCAAUAAUUAAAUUGAAAUAAUAUAGAUUUAAUUUGAAUGCAAUGUACAUCGCUUUGAAUUAAAGAAUCUGCAAAUGCCUAAAUGUCCAAUUCUCUCUCAUUAAUACGGGCGUCUAAGUUUGUGGCUUAAUAAAAUAUAUUUUAUUUGACUGUAAGUCAAGUCAAAGUCUAUAUGUAAGGGUUAUGUUUAGUUUUCAUUGUGUGUUCUGUUGACCUGUUCCUGAUUAGCAUUCUGUUCACCUGUGUAUGAUUCAUUUAAUCGUCAGCUCCUUAGUUUGCUUCACUACUUAAACUCUCAGUUCUCUCUUAGCCUUUGUCUCAUCUAUGUUAAGUUGGUUGUCAUGCUUUUACUCUUUUUAUUCGGAUUUACUAAAUUAAAAGACUUG